AAGACAAGGGAGCCCAAAUAAAACAGAAGGGUGUCUCCCAGCUGCAACGGUCUGCCCCCACGCCUCUGCAUUUCCCCAGCGAUUAGCCAGGGACCCAACACAGCCUCCUGACCUCUUUUACGAACAACAAAACCGUGAUGAAGGCAACAGGAGUCAGAAAACUAUUCACUGCAGGAAGCCCCAGUAUCCGGUGAGAAAUAAGAAGUACAACAGUACAGGAUGCGCCUUGGGUCAGGGGGAUGUGAAAAGCCCUCGGUCUUUGUGUUCUUCCCUGUGCCAGAACGUCUGCGUCGGAGCCCUCAGUUCUCCUCUCAGCUCAGCUGCUGUCACUGCACGGCUGCCAGCCUCCCGCUGAAGGGGACACGGGGCCAUUAUGGCCACCUCUGCCGGCCUGCUGCUGCCGCUGCUGCUCCUGGGCCAGCCCUGGGCGGGGGCUGGAGCUCCCAGGGAAGCUGUGGUGUGCGCGGGGAAUGCCUGCUACACAGCCCACUGGGGCAAGCUGAGUGCGGCCGAGGCCCAGAGUCACUGCAGCAAGAAUGGGGGAAACCUGGCCACCGUGAAGAGUGAAGAGGAGGCUUGGAACAUCCAGCGAGCCCUGGCCCAGCUCUUGGAGUUGGAGGAGGCCCUAGAAGCUCGGAUGGGCAAGUUCUGGAUCGGGCUCCAGCGCGAAAAGGCAAAGUGCUUAGACUCCAGCUUGCCGCUGAAAGGCUUCAGCUGGGUGGGCGGAGGGGAAGACACACUUUACACCAACUGGAACAGGGAGGUCAGGAGCUCCUGCGUCUCUAGGCGCUGUGUAUCCCUGCUGCUCUAUCUGUCUCUGCCGUCUCAUGCCAGCCACCUCCCCAAAUGGUCUGAGGGCCCCUGUGGGACCCCAAACUCUCCUGGAAGCAACAUCGAGGGCUUUGUGUGCAAGUUCAGUUUCAAAGGCAUGUGCCAGCCUCUGGCUCUGGGGGGCCCAGGCCGGGUGGAAUACAGGACCCCGUUCCAGGCCACCAGCUCCUCCCUGGACACUGUGCCCUUCGCCUCUGUGGCUAACGUGGCCUGUGGGGAUGGGGACGAGGGUCGGGAGCAUUACUUCCUGUGUAAGGAGAAGGCCUCAGAUGUGUUCGACUGGGGCAGCUCAGGCCCCCUCUGUGUUAGCCCCAAGUACGGCUGCAGCUUCAACAACGGGGGCUGCCAGCAAGACUGUUUCGAGGGUGGUGAUGGCUCCUUCCGCUGUGGCUGUCGGCCGGGAUUCAGGCUGCUGGAUGACCUAGUGACCUGUGCCUCCCGGAACCCUUGCAGCUCCAGUCCCUGCAAAGGGGCAGCCACCUGUGUCCUGGGACCCCACAGGAAGAACUACACGUGCCUUUGCCCCCAAGGCUACCAGCUGGACUCAAGUCAGCAGGACUGUGUGGAUGUGGACGAGUGCCAGGACUCCCCCUGCCCACAAGAGUGUGUCAACACCCCUGGGGGCUUCCACUGUGAGUGCUGGGUGGGCUACGAGCCCCGUGGCCCUGGGGAGGAGGCCUGUCAGGAUGUGGACGAGUGUGCCUCUGGUCACUCGCCCUGCUCCCAGGGCUGCACUAACACGGAUGGCUCGUUCCACUGCUUCUGCAAGGAGGGCUAUGUCCUGGCUGGGGAGGAUGGCACCCAGUGCCUGGAUGUGGACGAGUGUGAGGGCCCGGAGCAUGGCCUUUGUGAGGGCUUGUGCCUCAAUACGCAGGGGUCCUUCCGCUGCAGCUGCCUGCCGGGCUGGGAGCUGGGCCCGGAUGGGGUCUCAUGUACCGCAGGGUCCACGUCUCUGGCACCACAGACUGGGCCUCCCCAGGGAGAGGAUAUGGGAGAUAGAGAGGGGAAUCUUGUGUAUUCUUCCACAAUAUCCAGGCCCACCAGGGACUCCGAGGGCACCUCCAAGGAGCCACCCACCAUGAAGAGACCCUCCCUCCCAUCUGAGGCUCCCACCACCCUGAAUGCGCCUGACAUGCUGGCUCCCAGUGGGCCCCCUGGUGAAUGGAUGGAACCCAUCACCCAUCACCCCAAGGCUACCACAGAUCGUGGGGAGAAUAUGGAUGAGGAUUCCAUGGCCAAACAAAGUGACAAUGGCACCGAUGGGCAAAAGCUGCUUUUGUUCUAUAUCCUGGGCACAGUGGUAGCCAUCUUACUCUUACUGGCUCUGGCUCUUGGACUUCUGGUCUAUCGCAAGCGGAAAGCAAAGAGGGAGGAGGAGAAGGAGAAAAAGCCCCAGAACGCUGCUGACAGCUACUCCUGGGCUCCAGAGCGGGCUGAGAACAGGGCCUUGGAAAAUCAGUACAGCUGUGUGCAUUUAUCUGCUUGCUGUAGAACCAGUUGGAGUUUUUAAUUUGCACCAUGAAUAAUGCUGCCAGAACUUUCCCUUGCAUCUGUUGGCUCCAAGGUUCUUCAGUAGCCAGCUGGUCACCAGAAGUGACCAUAAAAGCAACAACCAGUUCCAAGGAAAAUCAUUUCUUCCGUGGAAUAAGACAAGGAAGGGUGCCAUGGUUCCUCAUGUUCUGGAGAGCCCUUUGAGGGACUCUGGAAAGAUGGAUUUUACUAAAUGUCCCAGAAACCCCUUCCGAAGAAGAAGAAACCCUGAUGAGGAGUCCUUGCCAGUGCUCCUCUGGAAUCUGGCUUCAGAAUUAUUCUCACUCUGGAAAGUAUUCACAAGGACUUGGGUGUGGACUGAAUGCUUCCCCAUCUCCCCAUGGGUGGGCUGGCUCUGGAUGCAGGUGAGCAGGACCUGAAGCUCCCUCAGUGGGGAUCCACUCCCUUUCCUCUCCCUCAAAAGCUUGAGGAAGCCUCAAAUACCUGCAGGCCUGUGGGUAGAAGUGGAAUUUCUGAGUAACAGACUCAAAUGUUGGCCACCUUGAGCCCAGAGUAAAGCUCCCUCCUUACAGUAGACUGUGGACUGUGACUCCUUUACUCCUCAGAGGGCCUGUGUUCCCAAGUUCAAGAUGUUCCGAGUUAAAUCACCCAAAGUUGUCAAACCAUCCUGCAGGACUGCAGCCACCAAAGGUGUGUAGUAGCUAGUCUGCAACCCUGACUGACCAGAUAUUGAUGGAAAUAAGCUAACUAGCAUCUAGGAGUUACUAAAAGAACUCAGGUCUACAUUAUUCAAUAACAAUCUGACUAGAUAAUGGGGGGGGUCAAAUUUUGAUUGUUCCCAUGACUAAAUUUUAGGAAGAUUUAUUGCAUAGCAGUAAAUAGCAUAUUGAUUAUAUUGGACAGUGUUAUGCUUAUGCUACAAUGCCAGUGUUGAGUAGUUACAACAGAGACAAAAGGGCCAGCAAAGCCUGACACAUUUACUACCUGGCCUUUUACAGAGGAAGUUUGCCCUGCACAAAAUUCUUCCCAUACCUGGGUCUUAACUGGUGCUCUGAUUGUCUCACCUGCCACAACUGAAAGCAAGAAGCCACAAGAUGUAGCAACUAAAUAGUAAAUUGGUAGUUAUGUUGUGGGUGCAUUAGGAUAGGGCUCUACUACAUAGCCUGGUUGAAUCUCUGUGAUAGAAAUCUGUUCACUUGUGAAAUCAUUGUUUGGGGAAGCAUGUGUACUGAGAUCUGGGAUGCAAAAACCUAAGUUCUUCCUAAGUCCACAAGGGCAACUCUCCUGUGAUGCUGCUAAAGACACUUUCAUUAAAUGCUUCAAAAGCAGUGAGCUAAGAGUGACACAAAAUACAUUCUAUUUUGCAUAAGACUUCAAAACUUAGGUGGCAUAUUAUUAACAAAUUACUUUCAAAGCCACUAGCUUUCAAUUGCCAAAAAGUAAUUUUGCCUUCUUUAUAAAGAAUUGGAGGAGUGCCUGGGUGGCUCAGUCAGUUAAGCAUCCGACUUUGGCUCCAGUCAUGAUCUCAUGGUUCAUGAGUUCGAACCCCGCAUCAGGCUCUGUGCUGACAGUUCAGAGCCUGAAGCCUGCUUCAGAUUCUGUAUCUCCCUUUCUCUCUGUCCCUUUCCUGCUUGUACUGUCUCCCUCUCUCAAGAAUAAACAUUAAGAAAAAAAAAAGAAUUGGAACCCAUUACUUAUGAAGAACAUGUUUGUUGUAAAAAAUAUAGAGGAAAGUGAAAAUCAUUUGUUAUGCUUCAACACAGAUAACUUUAUUAAUAUACACACAUAUAAACUAUAUAUUAUGUGUAGUUUUUUUUCUAAAUCAGAUCAUCUAUUUCCAUAGCUUCCCAUCCAAUGGAUAUAUCUGUUAUAAUUCAUUAACUGUUCUUUGUAUGUUAACAAAAUAUUCAGGUUUCCAAUUUUUGAAAAGAUUAUGUGUAGUUUUAUGACAGAUGAAUGUUUUUGUUGCUGGAUUUCUUACAUUUAACACAUUUAAAGUACAUAUUAAAAUAUAAUUUUGUUACAUAGCAUUAAAAUAUAUAAGUUCUCUUUUCUUAAUUUCAUAAGUAAGGUAUGUUUUCCACACAUGCUUCACUUUUAAGCCCUCAUCCUGCAUGUGGCUGAGCCAAGAACGUAUCCCACAGGAAAUGUUUGCCAGACGUCAAAGCAUAUUUGACGUUUUUCAAAUAACGCUUUUGGAUUUCUUGGCUCCCUUGUGAAGAGUAUCUUCAAGGACAGAGCAUUCCUUUCAAAUAUGUGUUGUGUUUUCAAUAAAAACAUAAUCUGCUGUGAAUAAAUAUUACAUAAAAAAAUAAAGGGAGAGUCUAAAAUGGCAUACAUACACCUUGACGAAACAUAGUUCUGGAAAUUUCUAUUUGACUAACCAAGAUAGUUUUGCAUUUUUUUUUUACCUCAGUUGUUCUUAAUUCAGGGGUUCCAUAAAUUUAAUAAAAAAUAUUGCAUCCUUAUUUUCACUAAUCUCUACCUGAAACUUAGCGUAUACUUCCAUUCUUGGGGGAGAAAAAGUUAUCAGCACUGAAAUCACAGAUACUUCACACCACACCAUGGUUAUUAUUAUAGAUCUCUCAACAUCUUGUUUGCACUGAUCACCACUUUGAGAUUAUGAUAUUUAUGUGAUACACCAUAAAGGUCUUGUGAUUUUAAAAUCCAUAAAGAAGUAUGUGUAUUUAAUUUCAUGUAUUUGUUUCUUUUUUAUAUUCUUCUAACUAUAUUUCAAUAUGAUUGGUACUCUUUGUAAUUCUGUGUAUCAUCUCACAUACAAAAAUUAACUCAAAGUGGAUAAGAGAUCUAAACGUAAGAGCUAAACUAGAAAACUCUUAGGAGAAAACACAGGUGUAAAUCUGAUUCAUAAAUAAAGGAUGACUUUUCAUCUA